AGCAAGGUCAGUCUGCAUGUUGAACAUUUGGUUUAAAAGACACAUAUCUUAACAUAUUGAAAAUGAAUGUGAAGAUAGGAAGAGAAGCUAAGGACAGGCAAAAGAGAGAGGAGGAGAGAAGGAUGAAGGCAGAGAAGAGUGAUUUGAUCUUUGGUCUGGUGGAGGAGAGGAAAGCAGUAAGGGGUAAGGUGUUGGACACAACACUGAACCCUGGCAUUAGGAUUGAGAAAGCAGCCAGAUUAAGAAACAUCAGGUUGGGUCAGUCAGUCAGGGCCAGAGAAGAGAAGAAAGAAAAGGAGGAGGAUUUAGGCAUGAAUGAAGAUAAAUUGAAAGAAAAGCUUAGAUUGGAGAAGGAGGCCAGGGUUAGGGAGGAGGGGAAAAGAAAGGAGAAGGAAAGAAAGGAGCAGGCCAUAGUGAAGGAAACCAGGAUGAGGAAGAUCAUGUUGGAGGAGUUGGCCAGGGUUAAAGAAGUGGAGAAGGAAAUGGAGGAGGAGAAUAGAACCAAAGAGGUUCUAUUAAAAGAAGCCAAGCAGAGGACUCUCAGGUUGGAGAAGGAGGCCAUGGUUAGACGAACAGUGAACAUGGAGGAAAGCAAAAGAAACCACAUGGCUAUUUUGGAAGAAGCCAGGCUGAGAACGCUCAGGCUAAAGGAGGAGACCAGGCUUAGGGAAGAGGAGAAGAAAAGGGAGGAGGAGAAUAGAGAGAAAAUGGCUUUAGUGAAACUGGACUGGAGGAGAAAGCUCAUGUUGGAGAAGGCCAUGGUUAGAGAAGAGAGGCGGAUUGAGGCGGAUGAAAGAAAGAGGGAUGUUCAAUUGAAAAAGUCCAAGAUGAAGACCAGGUUAAACCAGGAGGCCAGAAUUAAAGAGGUGAAAAAGAUGGAAGAUGAGAGAAAAAAGGAAGUUUUAUUGAAGAAGGCCAAGGUAACAACUCUGAGGUUGGAGGAGGAGGCCAAGGUGAGAAUGAAGGGGAGGAGAAGAAAAGAAGUGAGCUCAGUUUAGAGGAGGAGGCCGUUGUUAAGGAGGAGGAAAAGAGUGUAGAGGGCAAAAGAAAUAAACAUUUUAUAAAAGAGGAAGUUUGGGAGAGAGAAUGAGGCCAAGGUAAGGGGGAGAAGAGAAGUGGAAAGAAAGAGGAAGGAAACCAAAGUAAAAGUAGAUAAUAUGAGACUGAGUAAGGAGGAGAGAAAGAUGGUGGCAAGGCUGGCAGAGGAGUCCUGAUUAAAAGAGGCCCAUAUGGUCGAGACCAAAACCUUGGCAGUAAACAGUCAUUGUGGGGCAAGAGAACAGGAGGACAUGACAAGGCCUCAGAAAUAGAUACAUCUAUUACUUUGUGAAGUAAUGAUCCUUGAGAAAGGACUGAAGAGAACUUAAAAGAAAAGGAGUUAAAAGUCCUGCUGUGCCCGGUAGAUCCAGAGGGACAUAAUGCUGGACCUACAAAGAUGGUGCGAAGAGCCCCAAAUGCACCUGGCAAAAGACCCAGAGUCCCGACUGCACCCAACGAGAUGCCUAGUGCCUUGGAAGUGACCAACUAGAUUCCCAGUGCCCGGACAAAUCCAAGCAAGCCUCCCAGGGCCCCGACCGAGCCAGGCGAGCCUCCCAGGGCCCCGACCGAGCCAGGCGAGCCUCCCAGGGCCCCGACCUAGCCAGGCGAGCCUCCCAGUGCCCCGUCAGAGCCAGAAGAGCCUCCCAGUGCCCCGUCAGAGCCAGAAGAGCCUCCCAGUGCCCCGUCAGAGCCAGAAGAGCCUCCCAGUGCCCCGUCAGAGCCAGACGAGCCUCCCAGCACCACUGCAGCGAUCGACGAGCCUCCUAAUGCCCUGGCAGAGCCUGACGAGCCUCCCCAAGUCUAGCCAAGCUAGGCGAGCAUCCUAGCUCCCAAACCGAGCCAGAUGAGCCUCCCAGCAACCCAGCAGCUAUCGACAAGCCAGCUAAUGCCCCAGGGUUGACACUGCCUCUCUAUGAAAGGGGUUUGCCUUUUCUGUUUGAUUUCUCCCUCACAUCCUCAUAGUUCUUUUUUGUUAAUAAAACGGCCACCAGUGCUCUGAACACACCUUCUGUGUACGUUCCCAGUGUCUCUCCAAGUUACAGUAGAUACUCAAAGUCUGUGCAUCAGUCUUACCUGGAAGGUACACUACAGCCAAUGAGCGCUUAACGUUGUUAUCCGCUGUCAAAUGUUAAGGAAUGCCUUAGAAAUAAAUGACUGCUGCUACACUACUCACAUUGCGUCACAUUCAGUGGCAUUCAGUAGUUUUACAUAAAGUUUCUUGUUUACCAGAAUUAAUGGAAUCUUUAUCACUAAAUCUGUUUCUCUCAAGAACAAGGUAAGAGUGAAAACCUGCAGACACUCGUCCCACCAUGGAACCAGUUUGACACCUGUGCAAUACAGCAACAUUCAGUAGAGAUGGAAUAGACUGUUCUCACUAUAAACAUUCUGCUGUCCAGUCAUCAGCACCGUUGUAAUGCAUUCGUGUCAGCAUGGACUAACAACCCAGUAGAACAUUCCAGACACCUUAUAGAGUCCAUGCCCUGAAGAGUAAUUCAGGCUCUUCUGGGAGUAUGGGGGAGGGGUUUCAAGGGUGGGAACAAGGUUUCCAUCAGGGGGUAGUCUAUGAAGCCACUUAUAAAGCCAGAAGAAAACAAGUUAUCCUGGCCAUCCUCAAUGUUGUGGCCAGUUGGAACAUUGUUGAGACCAAUGGCUCUAUUGAACAAAGACAGUCAUAUCUACUGGCCCCUCCUUCCUUUGAGCGAUUGGCGAAAGACAAAGGCCAAAAUAAUUGAUAGAAAACAUGACUCCAUUCAUUUUGUAAUCAAACAGCAGGCUCAAUCAACUGUUUGUUGAACUGUCCUGGUGCAAAUGUAUAAAAUACUGCUCUGGUGCAUUAUUAUGUUUGAAUUAGCACUCACAAAUUAUCACAAAUUAUCAAUUUUCAGUCACUCAUAAUGUUUUAGGGAGACAGAAAAAAGAAAACACCCCAACAGUGUCUAGCUGUGGAUUAUCCUUUUAAGGAAAUGCAGAAACACUAUUUAAAGGGAAUUACUCUAUUAAGGAACAUGCUAACGUGCCAUAUUGCCAUAUAUUAUAAUUUUAUGACAGAUGUAUUAUUUCUAACAUAAAUAAUUAGUACAUUAAGUAGGCCAAUUUGGCCUUUGAACCCCAAAGAGGAAGCAACAAUAAGAAAUUGAUGCACAGUGGUUAGGAAGAAAUUCCUUACCAGCGUUGGAACUAGUAAGAAAUGUAGCGCUGGAUUCUGCAGUGGCCAGUGAAAGACCAGUGUGUGAAUGCCAGGAUUGUCAUGGGAAAUCAACCCUAUUGGGUUGUUGUGGGAAAAACGUGACUGUAUGGUAAGUAGGAAGUGCCCAUCAAGCCAAUCUAACUUGAGGGGGAUGCUUUAAGAAGCAUGUAUUGAAAUCUCUUCAGAUUACCUCCACAAAUUGACAAUUUGAAUGCCAAAGGCCUGCAAAUUUGUAAUUGCUGAUGGAGGAUUCCUUGAUAAAAGCAAACUUUGAAGGAUACAAUCAUUAUUUUAUAAAAAAUAUUUUGAAUCUUGUUAAUGACUUUUUUCCUGUUCAAACUUCAUGGAAAACAAGGAUAUUUGUAAGUGACCCCAAACUUGAAUGCUAUUUUGACUAAGGUGUGUAAGUCCCCUUGUACCUGGAAACUCAGAGACAUUGUAAAACAAGAAACCAGACAAGCCGAAUUCGGCCGGUCCGCAUAAAGAAGGUAAUGAUCAUUGUUACCUUCACAUGGAUUAAAACCUGAGUCUCUCACAUAAAUGGCUGUCUUUAACCACUACACCAUGGAGCUACACAUCUGCUGAGUUUGUUAGACACCAUUAAGCAUUGUGUUUAACUGAGUAACGUUUCUUAUUAAGUUUACCUCCACCACAAAUAGGAAAUAGCACCAGAGAAUCGUGUAGUCGGUGACGUUUUUGUCUAUCCUGAGUAAAUCCUAAUGCGUAAUUCGAAAAUGCACCAAAAAGUG